AUGAAGCUGCAAAUCUUCCUUUCCGCUGCCCUCCUCGGAGUAGGAGUCGUCGCACGCCCGACCACCGCGACCUUUGUUAAAGUCACGCUGGAAGAGCCCCAGAAUUGGAUUGCCGGCCCUAGUCUGUUCCCAAGCAACGUGCUUGCCGGCUACAGCGGUGACUUUUGCGACUACACCGCCGACACUUGGGCGCAAUUUGUGCUCGACAAGUGCAAGACGUUUGACGCGUGCACAUCCGCCCUGGCAUUUUCAGCCCUCAAUUCGGGCAGCCCAAGGACCAGGGGUUGGUUCGGAUAUGCGUUCAAGGGAGGUGCCACCACCCAGGCGGACUACAUCAGGGCCGAGGAUGUGGAGAAGUCCGUGGCCUACAGCGUUGUGAAGCAGUAG